AUGGUUUGCGAUAAGUGCGAAGCGAAGCUGGGUAAGGUAAUAACACCUGAUCCAUGGAAAGCUGGAGCAAGGAACACAACGGAGAGUGGUGGACGUAAAGUUGGUGAGAACAAGGCGAUCACCGGAGGCAAGUCGAGAUUCAAUCCUUACAUGGCGAAAUUCGAGAACUGCAGGAUAUGUCGUCAAAAGGUGCACCAAGCUGGCUCGCAUUACUGUCAAUCAUGUGCUUAUAAGAAAGCUAUCUGUGCUAUGUGCGGCAAGAAGCUUAUGAGCACUAAGAAUUACAGGCAAUCUGCUACGUAG